AUGUGGCCCGCCGCGGGAUUAUGUGGCCCGCCGCGGGAUGUGGAAGAUAAUGUACUGCGCUGCGCUUCGGAUGAUGAACGUAUGACGUUGGCUGAGAUUCAUGAGCAUCUGUCCACGCAUGGCGAUGGGGUUAAGGAUGUUGCGUUUCGGAUUGCUGGUGAUAUUGAUGCUGUUUGGAGGCGGGCUGUUAGGAAUAGUGCGCGUGCUAUUUCCGAGCCGCGAAUUGUUGCUGUUGACGGGCAUGGGUUGAUUGUUUCUGCGACUGUUGGGGCGUACGGGGAUACUGUGCACUCGCUUGUUAAUCGCGAGGGGUAUUCUGUAGAUGCGCCGUUUUUGCCGGGGUAUCGAGUUAUCUCUGAGAAAGACCCCAUUACGCGGCUUUUGCCAGUCAUUGAGUUUCUUGAGGUUGAUCAUUGUGUGGGCAACCAGCCUUGGGGAGGGGUGGAUCAUGUUGUUCGAUAUUACGAAGUGUGUCUCGACUUUCAUCGCUAUUGGACAGUCGACGACAAUGAUAUGUGCAGCGAGUACUCGGCGAUGCGGUCAAUUGUGGUGGCUUCACCAAAUGAAACAAUCAAAAUGCCAAUGAACGAGCCAGUAACUGGCAAGAAAAAGUCGCAGAUUGAAGAAUUCGUCGAUUACUACCACGGAGCCGGAGUCCAGCACAUCGCCUUUCGCACAAACGACAUCGUCACAGCCGUAACCGAACUCAAAGCCCGGGGUGUACAAUUUCUCUCUGUGCCAGCUGCAUACUAUGCAGAUCUACGAAAGCGUCUCUCACAAGUCUCCUACACGCUCGAUGCGAAUGUAGACGUGCUGGAGCGGCUGAAUAUCCUAGUUGAUUUCGACGAGCGUGGGUAUUUGCUUCAGAUCUUCACCAAGCAUGUUGGAGAUCGACCGACGGUGUUUACAGAGGUUAUUCGGCGGAAUUCGUUUGAUGGGUUCGGGGCUGGAAAUUUCAAGAGCUUAUUCGAGGCGUUUGAGAGGGAGCAGGCGCUGCGGGGGAAUUUGUGA